AUGCCGAAAGGCCAUACAAUUCCACUUCUACACCUCGUCCGCCUCCUCCGCCGCCGCUUCCACGACCUCUCCGUCACCGUCUUCACCACCGCCGCCCACCGCCCCUUCAUCUCCCAAUUUCUCUCCGACRCUUCCGUCUCCAUCAUCGAUCUUCCUUUCCCGGAAAAUGCGCCCGGCCUCCCCGCCGGAGUCCAAGCCAUGCAGACGCUCCCGGAGUUCUGUAUGGCCACAAAAUCGAUGCAACACGACUUCGAAAAACACCUCAAAUCCGUUCCCCCAAUCACCUUCCUAAUCUCCGAUGGCUUCCUCGUGUGGACUCUCGAGUCCGCYUCCAAAUUUGGCAUCCCCCGAAUUUCAUUCUCAGGCAUGUAAAAUUUUGUGGACGCGAUUACGAUGGCGGUAAUGAAAGACARCCUCCUCGCCGGAGUUGAGUCCGACGACGAGUUAAUCACCGUGACUCGGUUUCCAUGGGUGAAGGUCACUCGCAGCGACUGGGAUCCACCGGUCAGGCCGACUUUCCACUCCCGAUUUGUUAGGGCUUUAAUUCAAGACACAAUCAGCAGCUACGGAUCGAUUGUGAAUAGCUUCGACAAUAGAGAAAGUGGGUUUUAA